AUGACGGACGAAGUCGAGCGGCUUGCGAUCGCGCCUUUUAGGGAGAUUGUAGAAAAGGGAAACGCAGCAAUUGGAAAUGUACCGAAUGCCGACGAGGAAACGUCACCGCUUAUGCUCAAGGCAGCACAAAACCUAGUUAGAGAAGGCGAACGGGCGCUGAAGCGGAUCGAGCCGCUUUGCAUUAAGAACUUUGAAGAGUAUGGCGUUAACUUUGUUGAUGCGAUCAAGGAGAACGACGAAAUCGCGCAGUUUCGAUCCGAACUGGAGGAUUUGUUAUGGGAUUUCGACGACUAUGUUGAGCCCGACGACUUCGAUCCCACCAAGUUCGAUGAGUUACAAAAAGCCUCGAGAAGAGCUGCGCCGAAGAUCGUGGAUAUCCUCAAGCGGAUGAAACUGGUUGCCCCCGCACCAACAUUGCGGUCUCCGUCCCCAAGGAGUAGGGCACCGUCGGCAACCCCUGACCACGUGAAUAACUUACACUAUGGGCAAAUACCAUCAACAAGUAUUACCGUCAACCCUCCAGCGGCCAUGUCGACAGAGAAACUGAUGGAAGCGACAGAGCUGCAACUAAGAAGCAUGAUGGGAGCAGUGGCCGGCCCCGAUGAAGGCCUGGAGGCGAAUCUACCCCCGCGAUCGGUAAGCGAUCUCGACCGAAGAAGCAACUCGCACCGCUCCGAAGUGUCCGAUGCCACCUCGGAACAUCCGCCAAGACCGCCCUCGGCCGACCCGUGGCAGGUCGGAACGGCCCCGCCUGUCAGUCCCGUGGAUCUUUCGGUAGAGGGAGACCGAUGGGAACGUCGCCCUCCUGUCCCCAACGACUCCCCGACCAUCCCUCCAGCACAACCGGUUAGUCCCCUCGGUAGCCACGCCGGCCCCCUGCGCAUUCGUAGCAAAACCGACGACUCUCUCAGCCUGGCUCAAAGGGACGUCGAAGACAGCCGAAUGCGUGCGGCUUCACAGAGCCAAGGGACGACUAGCGACGGAUCUCAGUCUCCCAGGAAGAGGAAUCGUUGGACUAACUCUACGCAGGGUUCAGCAUACAGAUCCCACAGCGGCUUUACGUCUGCUAGUCGAUCACCUUCUAACGAGGGUUCUGCUAGUUGGCCUGGACUACUCCUUGACCCGUCGUCUAGCCGGUCACCUUCGGAUACGUCUUCCGUGCUUGGUCGUACCCCUUCUAUCCCCGAGAACAUUGCUAUUAACACCCAGGGCCCAAAGACCGCCCUCCCACCUAUCCCCAGCUUCCCCCCGAGGCAGACUUCUCUCGCCAGGGCCCAGGAAAGAGCCCAGGAAAGAGCCCAAGAGAGAGCUCAGGAGAGGGGUCCUCGUCGUACCAUUCGUCACCCGUCGACUGAGUCAAUCAACAGCUCGGUUUUCGAUAUAGUCGAUUGCAUGAGCCCUACCACUGCUGCCGCUUCUACCGCACAUCGAAAUUCGGUCUUAUCAGUCGAGCCUCUUAGUCCGGGGCAGCAACCGCCAGAGUAUACCGGACUCCCGCCUAUCUAUCAACGCGCAGCGACGAACGGCAGCAUAUCCUCUAGUAUGGGAACCAUUACUAACCACUCAUCGUCGACGCUCAUGGCCCAUCGUCCCGGCACCCAGGUUCCAGGUAACGUAGAUUCGGGCCUGAUCCCGGUUGACGCAGAACACCCGAUGCCGGACGAGCAGCCCAUCCCCGCGCGAGAACCGGACUGUUCGAUAGGCCCGUAUAGCUCUUUCUACAAGCUCAAAGGGUUUUGCAAAGGCGCAGAAGAGGUCAUGGCCGGCCGGCUCGGCUUCAAGAAAAUCAAACGGCCCGUUGGUGGCUUUUCGAUGGCCGUUGUAGCAAAGUGCAAUCACUGUUUAUUCGAGAUCGACUUUAAGUCGGUCGAGCAAGACUUAAAUAACGACUCCUCCGGAAGUUUUACCUCUAAUUCCAUCGGGUUUCGACUGCGUAUACUUCAAAAGAGCCAUUUGCAAAUUCGACAUGUAGAGGAACAGCUCUACGGAUGCUUAUUCUGUAUUCAGGAGGGCAAGACUGUCGAAGAGAGCGACGCUACGGUCUUCUUCAACCAGAGCCAAUUAUUCGCUCAUCUGGCACGACAUCCUCGCCCGCUCCCCGUCAUCCCUGGCCUGACGGUAGUCGAAGCGCCGGAGAUACCACCGUCCUUUAGAGAUAAUUUUGAUCUUCACUUGCCACACCCGCCGACGCUCUCCGUCAUGGUCGGACUCUCGCGAGAGCUCUCCAGACUGCCCUCUGCCAUUGCGACGGAGACGAGGAAAAUACAGAAUGGGGUUAUGCGCUCACCGCCUGGUAGAGAUCCAGUCCUGCACUUUGCUAUCGGAGCGAGGAUAGUCGGUAUUGAGUUCCCGGUCAAGUACGAAGGUAAAUGGGGUAUCGGCUGGCACGACGGUGUGCGUGCAGCAUUCGAAGCCGACUCCGUCCAAAUCGAUGCGCCGCCGAAGACCGAGAUCAAAAUGCAGGGUACAAGUAACGUGCAAGCCGUGGCACGAUGGAAGUGGAAUCAGAAGAACGGUGAUGACAGGUGGCUGAAAUUCGACAAGGGAGACGUCAUUAAGAAUAUUGGCUGGGCCUACACCGAUCACUGGUGCUGGUCCGGCACAACGUCAAAGGGCUGGGGAAUCUUCCCGCAGUCCCACCUCGACCCAAGCUCGAUCAGGACAGUCCAGCCUGGAGACACUGCUAGCAUCAACAGCUGGGAGAAGAAGCCACGAUUCCAACUUUCUCUUCGAAAAAACACGGACCGCAAAUUUGGGUCUCUCGGCUCAGUCACUCCUACUAGCGAGACUCCUCCCGUCCCUAGCAGAGCGGGCGUCUACUAG